UCAAAGGUCAUGUGCGUGUGAGAGAGAGACAGGGAUCAUGUGCAUGAACUGAAGAAAGUAAACUUUCUGUUUUGUGAUUGAGAACUGUGCGUUGAGCAAAACAACUCUGCAUUAUUAUCUCCCAAACACCUCCUACCACUUCACCUCCAUGUGAACCCCACCCACCAGCAAAAUCACAAACGUGUAUAGAAACCAAAUGAAAGAAUUCUAUUCAAUGCACAACAUCUUAACGAGAACGGUACCCUUAGUGUACAGAAGCUUCGAGUCCACCUGGACAGUCACAGACACGCCCUUCUGUGUUUACGAUCCGUGUGUUUCUAGCCAGUUUGUUUUCCCUCCCCCACCCGUACCCGUCAACAGCUACGCCUCCUACAGACGGUGACAUCGAAUCAUGAUCAAGGCAAACUUUCCUUUCACUGGUUUCCGGGCGAACAAAUGCGCACGCGACAAAAUCGAAUAGAGUUCUAUUGAAUGGCUCGGGAAAGAAAAAAGCAGACUUGUACCCCGAACACUACAGGGUGAAUCUUUAGCUUAUUCGGGGUGUUGUCUACACGCUGGUGGCUCGGGUGUGCUGCUUAUUUUCAAAACAGCAUAAACUUCUGAAGUGGAUAGGACGAGAGACAUGAAGACAGCCUAAGUCGGGACUAAGAGAAACAACAGGGACUGUGACAAGAAGCCUGCCGUAAACAACAACAAAAUGAAAGGCCUUUGCGAAGGUUAUGAUGGUCGUCAAACUAGAGUGAAACUAAGGGACACCAUGGUGAACUCGCGACCUGUUCAGGUAUGCUGAGGUCUGACGGCGAAGACUGUGGCCAGUAAGCAAAGCCAGGGACCAGGCCAGCAUGAGAUAAACAUCAAGGAUAUCUGUCGAACGUUCCAGGGAGGAGCAGGUAGCAGAACUAUCCAGGUGAGACAGGUAUGAACCGGACAGCGCCCGCCAGGCUCAGCAGGCCGCACCCUCUCCUCCCUCGCCUACAGCUGGACCUCCUCCACGAGCCACGCAGCCAGCUCACCGCCCCCACCGACAGGUACAAUCGCCACCAGCGACAGCGACAACAUUACCAUCACGACGGUCACGCUCGGGCGGAUUAUCGAAAGGCUGGCGAGGGCUUCGGUUACGACGACGACUACGGCAAUGAUUACACGGACGAACUGGACACCGCGCGUGUGCUGCUGUGCACGCACGACAGCGGCGACCCUUGGAGCUGCGUGUGUUUCCCGCGUACCAGCAGCAAGACCAUCCCGUCCAUGACGUACGACGGCGUCAAGUGCCCGCACCCGGAUCGACACCACCAGCCGGGACUAGAGGAUGUCUUCACAUACCCCUGGACAUCGCAGUCCUACCGUCCAGCUCGGCCGCUCCAGUUCGGCUACCAGCAGGGUCAGGUCAAGCCCCCGUCUGCCGCCACUGCGCCCCCGUUCGUCUACUACACAAGCAAGGGGGACCACUACCCGAAGGGAGACAAACAGCCCCCUUACUCUGCCCCCGUCAAACCAGUGCUGUCCCCUUUACUCUCCGCCCAGCCCAGCGAUCGGCGUCUGCGCAGGAGAGACCGGCGGAAACCUGAAGCAAUUACAACAGUGACUGACUUGGCAACUAUUCCGGAAGUUCAGGAGGAUGUGGUGCUGCCAUUAGACAGUAUAAGUCACGUGCUGCCGGCGGUGCGGCCAUUUGACCCCGAUUCCUUGCGCUUGCGCUCUGUGGACAAUGCGGCGGUUAUGGACCUCAGGUCAGAGUUCGGCACCAGCUGGCCGAGAAGAGCUAUGUCCACCCCGAGAGGCAGGGCGUGGGAUGCGGACGGCUUUCCGCAAACUCCCACGAGAAUAUUCAAGGGAGAAUACAUGGAUCCUUACACGGGCCACAAAUACGAGUACGACAUUAAGCAUGGAAGGAAGUACCUUGGAGGCACCAAACGACCGCUGAACCCAGAGGUACCAAACGAUCGUUGAAGCCCACCAGAUCCCAGCCCCGGUCCCUCCAGGCACAAGGCAACAACUGACCGUUUAUUUUUGUGCCAGGCCGUGGAAUAGGAAGAGUAUCUUAAAACGCUGUUUUCUGAUGUGUGCUGGUCUGGUUUAGUGAUUACUCCAAGUAAAGAAUGUGAAUGUUUGUGUCCAGUGAGGUGACGAUCUGUUUCGCACUGAACAGACCAAAGUCAAAAUUGGUAUAUUUAUUCAAGAACUAUAUUGUACCGACUAUACCAAGCCAAGCGAGAGGUGCUCUGGCGGUGUGUUCAACAAUUUCCACUGUCCAAAAACCACUGUAUAAUUUGUAUGCAGACAGACUCGUGGCGCUUACUGGAAUACAAAGCCCAAAAGGCGGAUUUCAGUUCUCAGACUUUCACUAAGCAGUCGACAUGAGACAGGAUGGUCUUCUUCGGUUUGGUUUUGCUGAUGUCGCUGUUGAUACUUUUGAUUACGGGUGAUAGCGAGAAUUUCUCAGGAGAAACCAUUUCAUAAUUUCGUGAGCAGAUUUGAAACCUCUACUUAAAUAUUUAAGUU